GGUGAGAGCAACGGCCACGUCACUCGCCAUCUACCUUUCAGAAAGGUCCUAUCUUUUUUUCUGUAUGUUGUGAGUUAUGAUCGCAUUCAUUCAAUCAAACAAGACAAGAAAAAAAAAUGCUAGUGAAGUUCAUUGAGGUUUGAGGACGCAAAAAAUGAGAAGAAUCUUCAAUCUUCUCUCUAAAUCGAAGCAACUCAUUGCAUUUGAAUUUGCGAGCCCAACUUCUAAUUUCGGCGCCAAUACGCUUCGUUCUUAUUGCAACCCUCCAGGGCCGCUUGUGCAGUACAAAAGUCUAGUUGAUGAAGGGAAGUUGCAGCAUGAUCCUUACCAAGAAAGUGUUGCUUCAGAGCUUGAGAACUUGCUUGCAAGGUUGGAGCAGUAUGAGAAAGAUAUGCAAGAGUAUCAUGUAAAUCUGUCAAAUUGGGAAAAGAAUAGGGAGAAUAAGCGGCGGAGGCUUCUCAUGGAGGAAGUUGAGCUGCAGCAGAAAGAUGAGGAUUGGUGGAAACGAUUGAACAAUAAACUUACUGAAAGAUGGAACUCCCGGAAAAAACCAGAAAAUAUGGAGCCGGGGGUAGGAAAAUGGGUGUCAUAUCUUAAACGUGAGAAGAAGUUGGAUUCACUAGUUGGUCGCCGACCAACUGCUCCACCAGCCCCAAAAGGACUUUACAUAUAUGGCAAUGUUGGCAGUGGGAAGACAAUGCUGAUGGACAUGUUUUAUAGUUCCACUAAAGGAAUUGUUAAACAUCGAAGAAGGUAUCACUUUCAUGAGGCCAUGCUUAAAAUAAAUGAACAGAUGCAUAAGAUAUGGAAGAAUCAAAUGGAAGAGAAGCCUUUGCAGUCAAGCAUUGCUGGUUGGAUUAUGAAUCUUCCCUUUGACACAAAAGCUAAGGAGUGGCUGGCUGCAGAAGAAAGAUACAAACAAGAGGUACAGUUGAAAAACAUUCUUCCUGCUGUAGCAGAUAAGUUUUUUCUGGAUCGAGAAGAGGAUGAAAAGGGAGCUAGCAUUUUGUGCUUCGAUGAGAUACAGACUGUUGAUGUAUUUGCUAUUGUGGCUUUGUCUGGAAUUCUAAGCAGACUGCUGAGUAGUGGAACUAUUAUUGUGGCUACCAGUAAUCGGGCACCAGAGGAUUUAAAUGAGGCUGGUAUGCAACGAGAAAUCUUCCAAAAACUUAUCUCCAAAUUGGAAGAACAUUGUGAGAAUGUAUUGAUAGGGAGUGAAAUUGACUACCGUCGUUUUAUAGCACAAAGAUCAGUAAACCAGGUACACUAUUUCUGGCCAAAUGAAAGGAAAGCCAUUAAUGAAUUUCAGAAUAAGUGGCAUGAUGUAACAGGCAGAUUGGGAGGAAGAAUAAUCCCCAACACCAUCUCAGUGAUGUUCGGAAGGACUCUUGAGGUUCCUGAAAGCUGUGAAGGAGUUGCACGCUUCACAUUUGAGCAUCUCUGUGGUCGUCCGUUGGGUGCAGCAGAUUAUAUUGCAGUAGCUGAAAAUUAUCAUACUGUUUUCAUAUCUAAUAUUCCAGCGAUGAGUAUGCGCAUCCGUGACAAGGCAAGGAGAUUUAUCACCCUUAUUGACGAGUUAUACAAUCAUCACUGCUGCCUAUUUUGUUUGGCAUCCUCUUCAAUUGAUGAAUUAUUUCAAGGAACCGAAGAUGGCACACUUUUUGACUUGGAGAGUUUCCAGUUCGAAACAGAGACCGAAGGUGGGAAACUUCGCCGCAAUGUCUUAGCAGAAGGCAACGUGGGCUCAGGAGGUGCCCCUGUUGGUAUCACAUCCAUACUAUCUGGCCAAGAAGAGAUGUUUGCGUUUCGCAGAGCUGUCUCACGCCUGAUUGAAAUGCAAACGCCAUUGUACUUGGAUGGAGUCAGUAAUUUCCACCCUUAUUUUCAGAGGCAACAUAAAAAAUUUCAAAAAAAUAGUGACAGCUUACUAUCUGAGUCAUCAAUCUGAAAUUUGUUCUACGUGUACUAUAUUUGUUUUCUGAUGCCAAAUUGAUGUGUAGAUAAUCGGCCAACAAUAGACUUAUUAUCAGUAUCAGUAAUAAGCACCAGUAGACGAGCGACCAAGCUAGUGACAUAUUGAUUAUUGGAUUCUUUAUUCCUUACAGCAAGAUCCUAAAUAAUACAGCAUUAACGCAGCAGUGCAUGAUAAAUAUGUACUUUUGAAAAGGUUGUAAAUGUAUAGUUGUUAGCUGUCAUGAUUGAUAAGUUCAAUAAUGAU